AUGGAUACCAGUCAAAUAGACACAGAAAUGACAAACACUGAAGAAAUCACUACGUUGAGUUUAAUUCCAGAAGAAGAAAUAGAAAUCGACCCAUCAUUUAAAGAGAUCGUCAACAUGUUUAAUGCAGAAAAAUCAAGAAAAACCGGCGAGAGUCCGGUACAUUUCCAAGAGAGACUUGAAAAAUACCUCUUUGACAAGCCCGAAAAAACACGAGAAAAUUUCUUCAAAUUUGUAGAACAACGAUCCCACGAUCUUGAAUACACAAUUAUCUUGGCGUUUCUUUGUGAUCGUGGAAUCGGGACAUCAAUGGAUAACAAUAUAGCAUUUGAUUAUUACAAGCAAGCUGCGGAACAAGGUGACGCAUUUUCUCAGUAUAGCACCGGACUACGCUAUUUUCUCGGGUUCGGCGUAAAGACGGACCGUCGUGAAGCGCAAUUCUGGUAUCGAAAAUCAGCGGAAGCCGGAUACAUACAUGGGCAAUUCCAACUCGGGUACUUUUUGACGUUGGGAAAAGAUAAAAAAAAUAAUUGGCCCGAAGCUAAGUAUUGGUUAAAGACAGCGAUGGCACAAGGCUCAACAAGCGCAUUAGACAUACUGGGAAUAAGUUAUGUAAAAGGCCAUGGGCCACAAAAGGAUAUGCGGGUCGGUUGUUGGUAUUAUCAAAGAGGUGCGAUGUUGGGAAAUCAUAGUUGUCAGUGUGAGAUUGCAAAGUAUUAUCGUGUGGGAGAAGGGGUGCCAAAGGACAUUCAUAUGGCGAUAAAGUGGUUUCGAAAGAAUGUUGAUGCUGGUUUUUCGAAAAUCUUAUUGGUAGAUUUAUUUAGAAUGCUUGAAGGUUAA